GCUGAGAGGCCACACUCCAUCCUUCUGCGAUGAGUCCCUGUUCGGUCCGGCCCGCUCCACUCCUUGCAUUAGGAAGGAAGAUGUAGCCAAGCUCCAGGCGCUGCUCUGGAGCCCUCCGCCUGCCCCCCGAAGCCAGCCUGGCCUCUCCCCGUGCUGCAGGGACACCCCGGAACAACAAGGCAGCGGGUACCUGCAAGCCCAGGCCUCCCUGGAAGUGAAGCCAGAUGUCCCUCUGGAUGUAAAUGCAGCCUUGGCCUACCCAGGACUUCCUGAUGACCAAGUCC